ACCAUCUCUUUACUUGUGUCUCACCUUUUAAUUCUCUCUCUCAACAUAAAUACCCAUUUAAGUAAUGCUAUCAUCGCUAGCUAACAUCUGACUUCAUCUCUUUACUUGUGUCUCACCUUCUAAUUUCACUCUCUAGUCUCUCUCCUAAGCUGCAAAUCAUACUAUGGGUUUCACAGUUGCACAAGGACUCAUGCUAUUGCUGCUAAUUGCUUCCACAAUGGCAGUUAGCAAGGCCAAUAGGGGUUGCAAAUUUGGGAAUCAGCCUUUCCAUCACCCUCAUCACCCCAAUAAUACACGAACCUCCAACAGGAUCAUCGUGGGUGACUCCUACCAUUGGAACUUUGGCUUUAACUACACCAAUUGGGCCAUCAAACAUGGCCCUUUCUACCUAAAUGACACUCUAGUUUUCAAAUAUGAUCCACCAUCUCCAAACACAUUUCCUCACAGUGUUUACUUGCUACCAAACUUCCGGAGCUUCACCAAAUGUAACUUGAGAAAGGCCACGAUGGUGGGAAAUGUGACACAAGGCGGCGGGGAGGGCUUCGAUUUUGAGCUGAAAAGGCCACGGCAGCGUUACUACUUUGCCUGCGGUGAGCGCAAUGGCUUUCAUUGCGUGAAUGGAACCAUGAAGUUCUUUGUGAAGCCAAUAUUCCGCUAGUAUAGAUAAUUACUAUACAAUGUGCAUGUCAUGGGAAACACUACUUGCUGUUAUCUCCUUUUAUGUCUUUUGUUGUGUCGUAGUAGAUAAUGUGUCCUUCACUUCUUCUUUUUAUAUUAUUAAAUUAAAGACUAUUUGUAAAUUUGAAUAAAUAUUAAGGGAUUGAUUGCUUAUUUUAUAAUUUAUGA